AAUCACAGCUCGAGAUCGCUGUUCACGUGAUGGUGUUUUUAUGUAACAAACGUAUGUCUGUGGGUGAAGUCGGGUCCUCUGGCGCUGUGAAGGACCGCGGCAGCCGUCGAAAUGCAUAGGAACGUUAAGCGAAAAAAUCCUAAACCUACGUAACAUUUCGUUUUCUCAUUUUUGACGCCGCAAUGUCGCUCCAACCGCCGGUGGAGGACGCGCAGGAGGCGAGAAGCGCCUUCUUCAUCGGGUCGGACGACUCGGAAGAGCAGGACCACCAUCCGCUCAUACUACAAAAAGCCAACGCGCUGGCGUCGGGGAACUGCCUGAGAGAAGCCAUUGACUUGUUUUCGGUGGCUUUGCGGUACGGUCCCGUGCUGCCCGAACAACUAGGCACCUUGGCGGACUGCAUCCUGCGCAACUUUAAGAGCAAAAAAGCGGCCGGUCCGGACUCGCCGAGGCACGCGGAGGAGAGCCGCGGGGACGACGUGUUUGACUGCCCCAACUGUCGUAGCUUUUUAGGGGAGCCCGUGACGAUAGCCUGUGGACAUUCGUAUUGUAAGAGGUGUUUGCGACGAGAGCUGCUCUCCAAGUGUAAGCUGUGCGGCGGGGCCGUCGGCGGCGAGGAGAAAGUGAAUGUAGUUCUGUGCGGACUUUUGGAGAAAUGGUUCCCCGGCGAGCUGAAAAGGUCAAAAACGCUGUGCGAGGUGGACGAGCUGUGUAGAAGAAGACGCUACCACGAGGCAGUGUCGUUAGCGACCGACGCCAUUCAGUCUGAUCCAGAGUCGGCGGCCGGGGCCCGGCUGUCUCGGGCCGGGGCGUACAUGGCUCUCAAACUGUACCGGCUGGCUUUGGAGGACACCGAAUUCAGUCCCUGGUCCAGCUGUUCUGCUGAAGCUUUGUUUAGGAAAGCUAUGGUGCUGCAUGAGAUGGGCCAAGUGGAGGAGUCCCUCCAAGUCUUUCUCCACUGCCUGGCUGUGGACAAGGACUUCCCCGGUGCUAAGAGACAAGUGGAAAAGAUCCUGUGUGACUUGCUCUCCCCCGCUGAUGAGAAUGUCAAGGUCGGCCUGAGGGAGACGGCACAGAACACGUCACCUCACUUGCGCAAUAAAAACCUGGUGUCCGACGCUGAAACUCAACCACCGAGCCCGGUGCAAAGACAACACCAGCUCCGCGCCGCCUCGGCACACGACCAUCCGGAAAUCCUUGAGAAGCGGUGGGAAAGCCUGGAGCGGCCUGGUCUUAGCAGAACUCAUUCGCUUCGGGCGCACGGAUCUCUCUGUGGCGAGGAAGGACUGAAGAGAGUUUGCUCAGCCCCUCAGCUGGGGGACCAGGACAAGGGGAGCCUGCUGAAGAGGAAAUUGUCCGUGUCGGACACGGAACAGUAUGUCACUGCCAGUGGAAGUAAUAAGCUUAAAAAACAAGGCGUAGCGAAAGGCUCCAAGCAAAAGGCCGUCACAGGUAAGAGCCCCCGAAGUGUUCCUGAGGACCUGCUGGACCCCAACGACUUGGAGUGCUCUCUCUGCAUGAGGCUGUUCUAUGAGCCUGUCACUACACCGUGUGGCCACACCUUCUGUAAAAACUGUUUGGAGCGCUGCUUGGACCACACGCCCCAGUGUCCGCUCUGUAAAGAGAGCCUGAAAGAGUAUCUAGCGUGUAGGAAUUACAUAGUGACCACCGUCUUGGACAUGCUGAUCAAGCAGUAUUUGAGUCAGGCGUAUGCAGAGAGGACUAAAACGCACCUGGAGGAAGCCAGGGAGCUUUCUGAUCUGACAAAGAACGUGCCUAUCUUUGUGUGUACCAUGGCCUACCCCACCGUGCCUUGCCCCCUGCAUGUCUUCGAACCACGUUACCGCCUCAUGAUUCGCCGCUGCAUGGACACGGGCACGCGGCAGUUUGGGAUGUGCAUAAACGACCCCCAGAAAGGGUUUGUAGAUUACGGGUGCAUGCUGACCAUCAGGAGUGUCCAUUUCCUCCCCGACGGACGAUCAGUAGUGGACACCAUCGGAGGAAAGCGCUUCCGCGUAGUGUCCCGAGGAAUGAAGGAUGGCUACAGUAUUGCUGACAUCGAGUACUUGGGUGACACAAGAGUUGAGAGCAGUGAUGAGCUACAGAGACUGCAAGAGCUGCACGAUGCAGUAUAUGAACAGGCCCGCGUCUGGUUCCAGAACCUCAAGAUCCACUUCCACAACCAGAUCCUGCAGCACUUUGGACCAAUGCCGGAACGAGAAGCUGACAUCCAGGCAACACCUAACGGUCCAGCGUGCUGCUGGUGGCUCCUGGCUGUUCUGCCCAUCGACCCGCGAUACCAGCUCUCCGUGCUCUCCAUGACCAGCCUCAAAGACCGCCUGGUGAAGAUCCAGCAAAUCCUCACAUAUCUGCAGAGCAUCCCCAACAACUAAAGCCUCCCUUUCUCAUCACCACACACACAUCCUUUGGACUUAAAUGACAUUCAAGCAACCCUGUAUCAACUGCUAUUUGAAAUCUUCUUUUUCGAACUCUUGUUUUUCCAUCCACAAGACACGUUCUUUAUAAGAAAAAAAAAAGCCUACACAAGAUAAAAGCAAAGUUCUUGAAUGUGGAUCACUGAAACCAGAGAUGUGGCCAAACCACCUCAGGGAUAAUUCCACUAAUGCAUUUUUUGUGACAUUCAAAAUGAUUAAUGAGAUGAGAGAAAUAUGACCAACUAUUUUCUACCGCCAUCGUUCUUAAUGCUGAUCACUUUCAUAAGAACAUCCGUGAAUUACCUCGUUGAAAUAAGCAGAGCAGAUACUUAGUAGAUGCCAUUGUGCUGAUUGCGUAGAGUAACAAUCCAUCUCUUGUGGACCUUCUCGAAGGCUCGUACGUGCAGCACCGAGGUGAGGACAAUAUUAUAGUUGUGUUGAGUCAUCACUGUCGAGAUCUUUUGAAAAGGUUUUUUUUUUCUUGUAUUUUGGCUGGUUGUAAGAUUUGUUACUAAUGGAGGAGGGCUGAGGUGAUUCUGUGAAACUAGAUCCUAAAUGCUGAAAGUCCAAAAAAAGUGAUAGCAGAGUUGGGUUUAACUCAACCAUUUAAAGGAGAUUUUUACAAAACCAAGUGCAACUUAAGGCCGGCGUGUGUGUGUGUGUACCAAACUCUCCCGUAAGUAUUCAUUGAUAUCUUCCGAGCAUCGCAUUACUUCUCACUCACUUGUCCCACAUGCUAAAGUGCUCGACUUCCAACUAGUGGUGGCAGGGACGUAGUUGUUGUAGAAAGAAUGAGUAGGUUUGUGUUUCUUCCCAUCUUUUUCCACUUUGAUUUUCUUCAGUUGUCACUUGUGCAGAGAUUGACUUUUUUUCUAUUGAACCUGACUUCAGGUCUGAGGAAGGCUCACAGCGCUGAAAUCUCCUUGAUUCUGAGCUUUUUAAAUGCUUUUCUUCCUCUCAAAACAAACCUUAAAUCAUAUGCACUGUCUUCCAAACCGUUUGUUUGAUAAGGAGCUUUUGAGAUCCUUGGUGAAGUGCAGGGAUUAAGUGUUGGAGGUUCACUGGUUCUGUCCAUGUGCCAUUUGGCCUUCCUUUUGAACCAAAAGAUUCUGCUGCCCAUUACAUCCACUUGUACCUAAUUAAUUUAAAAGUAAGAAUACUACUUGUACUUUCUUCCCGUGUGAUUGUAUGAUACGUGUUCAGGUGUUCCUUCAAUAAUGUGACAAAUCAAAAGCAGACAAAAACGAAAUGUGUAGUCAACGGGUGGGUCUGCAUUACUCUUCAUUCACAGCUGAUCUUUGUCUGCUUGGAGGACUUGACUUGCAGUGCUUGACACAGGACUGCGUUGGCCUUACACCAUUUUGCAUUGUGAUUUAAACUACACGAUACGUUGGCUUUACUACCAUUCCUUUUUGCCAUGCUGAGAAAUAUGCAUUUUUGUUCUCAGAGCUUCAGGCACCAUUUUAUCCCAAUGUGUAUUAAUACAAGUCAAGGCCGUUUAUAUGUAAAUCAUCUGUAAAAAUGCUCUUUGGACGAUGUUUAAGUUAUCAAUUUUCAAUAAUAAAUGCACUUUUUUUCAACUUUA